UGAAUUUUGGAAUGUAAGCUAUGCCGGAGAUUCUGGACGGUGCAAUUCGACGAGCCGUUGUAAUCGGAAACGGCUUCGCCGGCGCUGAAAAUCAGUGUAUUGGUUUGGUUCGUGCUCUCGGUUUCUCCAACCGCCACUUCUUAUUCCGCGUGACGCGGCCUCGAGGAGGAAUCAAUAGGUGGCUUCAAUGGCUUCCGGUUUCAAUCCACAAAAAGUUAGACUCCAUUAUCAGAAUAAUCUGCGGCAAAUCGCGCUUUCAAACGCCUCACAAGAUCGGGUUAUCUAACGUGUUGGAAGCUGAUGCUCGCCACAUUGCGAUGAUGGCUCGUGAAACGUUUCACAAGGAUGGACCAUUGUUGGUGGUUGCAUCUGGACGAGACACCAUUUCUGUUGCCAGCUCCAUUAAACGGUUAGCUCCAGAAAAUGUUUUUCUUGUCCAGGUUAUACUUUUCACUUAUUCUUUAUUGUCCCUUGAAGCUUAUGUAACUUCGUGCAAAUGUGAUGAUUCACUUUUAUUGAAGUACUUUUUUGUCAUAGCUAUAGCUGCAUUAUGUAUGUUGCUGUCUAACUCUCUUAGAUGCCCAACUCAGAUACAACAUCCAAGAUUUCACCUGAAUAGGUUUGAUCUUGUGAUUACUCCACGUCAUGAUUAUUACCCACUGACUCCUCACGCCCAGCGGCAAAUACCUUGGUUUCUUCGAAGGUGGGUGACUCCAUGGGAACCCCCAGGCCGCAAUGUGGCACUCACUGUGGGAGCGCUUCAUCAAGCUGAUUCCAAUGCUCUUAGGGCUGCUGCUUCUGCCUGGCAUGAUGAGUUAGCAACUCUGCCAAAGCCCUUGCUUGUCGUUAAUGUUGGGGGACCUUCUGGCAAUUGUCCUUAUGGUGUGGAUCUUGCAAAUAAGUUAGUGGUUAUGCUUCAGAAUGUUCUAUGGAGCUGUGGGAGUAUCAGGAUAUCUUUCUCCAGAAGAACUCCUGAGAAGAUCUCUAAAAUUUUGGUCAAAGCAUUUGCAACAAAUCCCAAGGUUCAAAUAUGGGAUGGUGAAGGGCCUAAUCCACAUAUGGGACAUCUGGCUUGGGCUGAUGCCUUUGUUAUCACAGCUGAUUCAGUUAGUAUGUUGAGUGAGGCCUGCAGUACUGGGAAGCCUGUAUACGUAAUUGGAGCAGAACUGUGUACUUGGAAGUUUGCUGACUUCCAAAAUUCAUUGCAGAAGCAAGGGGUUGCUCGACCAUUCACUGGGAGGGAAAAUAUAACUGAAAGCUGGAGUUAUCCUCCAUUGAAUGACACUUCAGAAGCUGCUAGCCAAGUGAUUGCUGCUCUUGCUCGGCGAGGAUGGACUAUCCAUGCAUAAUUGUUUCCUAUGUCUCUCAAGAUUCACAUGGAACAGUUAGAAUUCACAAAUGAUACGUGAUUGAGGAGGAAAUAUUGUUCAAGAACUCUACUGGUUUGUGCUUAGUUUCAGAGUGCUUGCUAUCUCUGUGGCCGCUUCCUUCUUCUGAAAAAGUCAAUAGAAAUAGAAUUUUGUUGGUUGUAUAGGUGGAGUGGUCAAUGGGUGGCUUCACCACUUUUUGUAAGAGAACUUUGUUGUUUAUCCCUCUCCCCAAUAAUUUUUGUAACUCUCCUUUUCCAACUUACUAUUGUUGUGAGCUUUAGAAAUUUUUUGGCUGCAUAGCACUAAGGCAUGCAAGACUGAAUUACACAUCUCAAAUCAUUUUUUUUUUCGUAAUUUUUAUUUUUGUCAGACGAAGACCUGUAUAAUAACUAAAAAUGUGAUAGUUUUGCUACACUUUGUGUCA